AUGCAAGGCUCUCGCCUUUCGUGGCUGCUUGCCGCGCUUGUGCCCUUCACCCUUGGCCAGACAAUCGACGUCGACGGCGAGGCUGUUCCCGCUGAUGAGAGCAAUGUGGCCCCUGCUUGGGCGAAGCCAGUGACUGCAGCCUCCAAGAACUCCUUUGUCGAGAGUGCUCCUCAAUUAACUGACGCUGUGCUCGCCAACCUCACAGAUCUGAACUUGAGUGACAUCGAACUCUUCUACUUUGCCGACGCCAAGACUUCCAAGAAACGGCAUGCUGUUUCUGACUCGAAGUGCAAGAUCUUCCCUGGUGAUAAGGCAUUCCCCAGCAAGUUCAUCUGGAAUGUCCUCGACCUUCUUACUGGAGGCGCACUCAUCAGCACCGUUCCCCUUGGUUCGGCUUGCUACAAGGGAGAGCAUUAUGAUGAGGAUAAGUGCCUCUUCCUGAAGGAUCAAUGGCACAAUUCUACCACACAUAUCGAUGAUCCCACUUCAGUCAUGUCGCCUCUCUUCCAAGGUGCGACCUGUGAGCCCAGCAAUGCUGAAUCUGGCUCCAAAUGCACCAUCGGUGGCUUUCCUUUAUACUCUAUCAAGGCCACCAAUGUUGCUCAGAUCCAGCUCGCUGUCAACUUCGCCCGAAGCCUAAACAUUCGACUUGUCGUACACAAUACUGGCCAUGACUUCCUUGGCAAGAGCACUGGUGCUGGUGCUCUUAGCAUCUGGACUCAUCACUUGAAGGAUGUCAAGUUCACCAAGAACUAUCGUGGUGCCAGUAGCUAUACUGGUCCUGCGUUUAAGAUCGGCGCUGGUGUUCAGGUCAAAGACUUGUACGAGGCUGCUGACCGUGAAGGCUACACUGCAGUUGGCGGAGAAUGUCGCGAUGUCGGUGUGGCUGGUGGAUACCUUCCUGGAGGUGGUCACUCUCCCCUCAGCCCUAUCGCUGGUCUUGCUGCCGACCAGCUUCUGAGUGCUGACAUUGUCACACCUGACGGUCGUUUCGUCACUGCUGACGAGAAGCAAAACACUGACCUUUUCUGGGCCAUCCGUGGUGGUGGCCCUGCUACAUGGGGUGUCGUUGUUUCCAUGACUGUCCGAGUCUACCCCAAGAUGUCCUUUGCCGGUAUGACCUGGAGUGUCAACACCAAGGAGGUUGGUAUUUCUGAGGAGGCUCUCUUCAAAGCGCUUGAAGCUUACUGGCGCCGCUUCCCCGAGUACUCCGACAAGAAGAGCUAUGGCUAUAGUUUCCUCUUCCCUGCUGGCAACGGCAGCUACCUCUGGACUAUGAACCCUUGGAUGAUCCCCAAUAUCUCAGUCGCAGAGUUCAAGAAGAUGGUCCAACCUCUUCUUGAUGAGUGGAAGGAGCUCGGCGUCGACCCCAAGCCCGAAUUCUUUCAGCACGACAGCUUCUAUCCGGCCUGGAAGAAGCACUUCCCUGCAGAAAACGUUGGCAACUACAACGGCCGCUCUGGUUCUCGCCUGAUUCCUCGCAAGAACUGGGAUGACCCUAAGCUUCUCGACAAGACCAUCGAGACUCUCAAGAGCAUUCUUUCUGAAGAUGGUAUCUUGAUUAUCUAUAACAUCAACGCUGAGCAGACCAAGGAAACUCCUCCCAAUUCUGCUAACCCUGCAUGGCGUGACGCCGACAUGUUUGUCAUUACAGCCCUCAACUGGGACGUCAAUGACCCCGAGGAGAAGAUUGCCGAGGUAAACAACAAGAUCACUUUUGACAUUAUGGAGCGCCUCAAGGCUGUGACCCCUGGUGGUGGCGGCUACGGCAACGAGGGUGACGUGAUGGACCCAGAAUUUGGCCAAUCUUUCUUUGGGUCCAACUACAAGAAGCUAUACCAGCUGAAGCAGAAGAUUGACCCAUAUGGUGUCUUCUAUGCUCCCACCGCUGUUGGUAGCGAGGACUGGUACAUCACUGGCCAGCCGGCUUAUGUGACCAAGCAGACUGGGCGAUUGUGUCACAAAUAG